GGUAUGAGUUGCGUCUUAGGUUUCAAAAGAAUCAAACUAUUGAUAAGACGACUCAAAUGCUAAUUGAAAAACAAAAAGACCAUUGGAAGAAAGUAAUGCAAAGAAUUAUUUCAAUUGUCAAAUUUCUUGCCAAACAUAAUCUAGCCUUUCGUGUUCAAAUGGGAAACUAUACCAAAAAAGUAAUGGUAAUUUUUUGGGCUUGAUUGAAAUGUUGGCCGAGUUUGACCCAAUCAUUCAAGAACAUGUCAACCGUAUUACUAAUAAUGAUAUUCACUUUCAUUAUUUAGGUCAUACAAUUCAAAACAAAUUAAUACUUUUGCUUGGUUCUGCAAUAAAAAAUGAAAUCAUUAGAAAGAUAAAGCAAGAAAAAUAUUUCUCGGUAAUUCUUGAUUGUACUCCCGAUGUUAGCCAUCAAGAGAAAAUGACAUUGAUAUUAAGAUAUGUGAAUGUCUCUAAUUGUAAUGUUUGCAUUGAGGAAUCUUUCUUAGGAUUUUUGAAUGUAAAUGGUACAACUGGCCAAGGGCUUUUUGAUGUUUUACAAAAUGAAUUGAAAAAUCUUAAUCUUGAUAUAAUGGAUGUGCGAGGACAAGGCUAUGAUAAUGGAUCUAAUAUGAAAGGAAAACAUCAAGGAGUUCAAAAGAAAUUUUUGGAUUUAAAUUCUAAUGCUUUUUAUACUCCUUGUGGUUGUCAUAGUUUAAACUUGACAUUAUGUGAUAUGGCUAACACAUGUAGUAAAGCUAGAGACUUUUUUGGAGUCAUCCAACGUAUAUAUACAAUUUUUACAGCUUCUACUAAGAGAUGGCAAAUCUUGAAAGACAAUGUAAAAGGACUAACUGUUAAGUCUUUGUCAUCUACUCGUUGGGAAAGUCGUGUUGAAAGUGUUAAGGCUAUUAGAUUUCAAAUGUCAGAUAUACGAGAAGCUUUACUUCAAGUAGCCGAUAGCAAUGAUAAGGAUUACAAUAUAAAGAGUGAAGCUAAAUCCUUAGCAAAUAAUGAGCUUGGUGAUUUUGAGUUUUUAAUUGCAAUAGUAAUUUGGUAUGAAAUAUUAUUUGCAAUUAAUUUAGUAAGCAAGCUAUUACAAUCAAAGGAUAUGCUUAUUGAUGUGGCUAUUAAAAAAAUAAGAGGGUUGAUUUCUUUUUUCGAGGGGUAUAGAGAAACUGGUUUUUAUGAUGCUUUGAGUAAGGCUAAGGACAUUGCUAUUGAAAUGGAUAUUGAUCCUAUAUUUCCCCAAAAGCGUGAAAUUAAAAGAAAAAAACAUUUUGAUGAGAAUCCAAGUACUUCAUCAAAUGCUCCUCUAUCUCCAGAAGAAUCAUUUAGAGUUGAUUACUUUCUUUAUAUUGUUCAUCAAGCUAUUAGUUCUCUUUAUAAAAGAUUUGAGCAAUUUGAGGAAUAUGAAAAUAUUUUUGGUUUCUUAUUCACUUCUCAAAGGAUGAAGUCAUUGGAUGAUUUAAGUUUGAAAUCCUCUUGUUUGAAUUUUGAAAAUGCACUUAUGUCUAAUGAAAAAUCAGAUAUUGAUGGGAAUGAAUUAUUUGUGGAGUUGAAGUUGCUUAAAGAAAUUUUGCACAUUGACAGAAAAGGACCUUUUGAUAUUUUGUUAUUUUUGAAUGAUGUGGGUUGUUUUCCUAAUGCUACUAUUGCAUAUAGAAUUUUGUUGACUAUUCCUGUGACAGUUGCAACUGCAGAAAUGAGUUUUUCAAAGUUAAAGCUAUUGAAGUCAUAUAUUCGUUCUACGAUGCUACAAGAAAGACUUAAUGGAUUGGCGAUGAUAGCAAUUGAGAAUGAUUUUCUAGAGAAAGUGGAAUAUGAAGACUUGAUUGAUGAUUUUGCCUCAAAGAGCGUUAGAAGAAUAUCACUUUUCAAAUAAAUAGAAGCUAAUAUAGCUUAAGUUGAUAUGAGCCUUGAGUUGUAUUUAGUUACUAUUAUCAACAUGAAUAAAAUAUCCGAAUUUAAUUUUGCGUAGUUGAAUA